GUUUUGUUCUGUAUUUGAAUUAUUCGAGCGCGGGCAUUGCGCGCGUAAGCACGGUACGCAUGCGCGGACAACUUUUUAAUUUUUACUUUUAAUUUCAACGUGCGGCCAGUUUCGAAUGUUGCGUGUGUGUUUAUAUGAGGAUUGUUAUUGUGGAAAGUGCGAGUUUUUGACCAAAAAUGCUUAAAUGGGCGGUUUACAAAAAGAAUCAAGAAGUGAAAAGCGACGCCGAAUCAGAAGAAAAAGAAUACGAUGGACCUUACAACAAUACAGUAAGACGUUCCCUCGACGCCCAAUCCAUCAAGAAAAGCAAAAAACCCAGCCGAUACCAGAGGCGAUCACUAGGACCUUCCGCAGCUAGGAAAAACAUCAAAACUGUCGACAAAGAAAACCUCAACUACAUAGGAAACACUCCCAACUAUUUCAAAGAAGGCUUCGUCAAGAAAACAGAAAUCCUUGCUCUCAAGGACGUCAGCAACAUAACCCCGACCAAUGGAACACCUGUCAAAAAUUUCGAUAGAAGACGUUAUUAUGUAAACGGCUCUAAAGAUGACAUCCCUCCCAAUUUACCUCCGACUCCUCCUACGUAUAGUAGGAGAGUAAGAGAAGCGAAAAAGAGGAAACUAGAGAUGUCCCAAGAAAACUUUAGAAGAGACAGUACCGUUUACAAAUCAGAAAGAAGGAUCAGACCUAUUGACAAAAGCCUACUAAGUUCAGGUUUAUCCCACUGCUCCUCGGAACCUUCUCUUAACGAACUUUCUGAUAGACUUAGUUUGACUAGCAGUAGGUUUUCCUUUGCGGCCAAUAAACUACCGAAGAAUAAUGGACCUAUCAGCACAACGAAAACUGCCAGUGAAGGUAUAGUCGAAAUAGUAUACGAUGAAGAUUUAGUCCUCAACUGUGUAGAAAAACCUAUCGAAAAUAAGGUUAUAGAAAAAACAACGCUGCCGAUUUUCGGUCAUCAUAUAUUCACAGAUAAUCCACUGUAUUUUAACAAAAACGAUAACGGCUUUAGUAUACCUUUGAAACGCACGAGAAAGAAAUCAAACGAAUUCGAAAGCUCCUUCAAAUCGCCAUGUGUGGAUAAAAGAGACACGCAUACACUCGUAAGGGAUGCAUGCUCACCUGUCUCGGUUACUCCUUUGUCAAUGAAAUUGGCCGCUUUAAGGUUUAGCGCUUUAAGCACCCAUAGCAAGUCAAAAAGGGUUCCUUUUACAAAUGACGAUACGGAAUAUUUUCCUAAAGUGGAAAAUCCGUUCCCUAUUGCAUUAAAAGAUGAAGAAAGCGCAACUGAAAUGGAAUACAAAUUUUUAUUAGGCAAAGACUCUAUAACAAAUAACACAGAGUCAACUGUAUCGACAACGCAAAUGGGAGACGUGACUCUAGAAAGAAUGAUCGAAGAUAUUAUAAAGAGUACUAAAAUUAUUAAAUCUAAGAGAAGAGUAUUGAAUAAAGAUAUACAAGUAUCUAUCGAAGAAGAGAUUCCGCCACUAGAGUGCGUAAAAGACCUAUUCGUGAAUCCUCAAGCUGAAAACAAGGCCAAUUUAAUAAAAGAGGCGCGAUACGUGAAUCUGUCGCGGGAAAACUCAGUGUCACCAAAAAGUACACCCACUAAGAAAUUAAUGCCCGUACAUAGGGUAAACGAGAAACUACUGAAAAACCUUCCUAUUGGGUGCUUCAUUCUAGAUGACGGUGACGGUUAUAAUGAAAGAGAAGUGUGUACACCAGAUAACGCUAUAGAAUCUAAGUCAAGAAUACGGAUUAGUGAGAAUUUUAGCAGAACGCUAUGCAGGUCACAGUCCAUGAACGCAGCGUCACUGGAUACUGCAAAAUUACAUCGAACAAAUUCCGAAUCAACGCCAGAUAUAUCUAGAGAGAGUUCAAAGCUGAGAUUAAAGAGGCAAAGGUGCAUCCGUAGGAAAAAAUCAACAGUCAGCAACGACAGUCAAUGGAAACUAAAGGAUUCUAGAUCAGCGUUAACGCAGUUAGACAUACCUAGUCCAGCGUUAGAUCUUCACAGCGUAUCUACUGAAUCCUUUAGAUUAGACUUUGAACCGAAUAAAUCAAUAAGGUCUAACGUAUCGCAUAGUAGUCUAAAAUCUACAGUUGAGCCUAGAAGAUCACAAGAAAUGUUCGGACUUACACUUGAAAAUGGGAUCCCAAGUCCUAUCACUCCAGUACCUAAUUUAAAGCGGCCAAGCAAUGUUUUAAGUGAAGAAAGGGCACAUAAAACUAGUAAACUAGAUGAGCCGCUUGACGUGUUCACUCCAGUCAUAGAACACAAGUCUUCUAGAAGAUGUUUAACGUAUUCUCCUGAAGAGGGCAGUAUAAACAGCAGUGAAGAGAAGAGAAGAAGUGUGGCCAGCAAUCCUAUGGACAGUAGUAGUCAAAGAUUGAACGCGCCUAAAGGGACAAUUGAUUUGGAAAUCAUUACAAAGGAUGACGUUAUUGACGUCCACGUUAUUCGUUGUCGAGACCUUCGCAGAGCGUGCGGGAGCACGGAAAACAUAAAUGCAUAUGCAAAGGUGGUCAUCGGGGGAGCUUCAGAGAGCCAAUCCGUCCCAUCGCAGAGGUCAAUUUUCCAACGGACGUCUGUGCUCUAUGGAAAAAGAGAGCCCGAAUUCCAGAGGCACUUGAAACUGCCUCUCCCUUCCUCUGUCUACGACAACCAGAUGCUCCACGUCUCCGUGUGGCAUAGAGACAAGAAAUAUCGCCGGAGCGAGUUCCUAGGAUGUGUCUCGUUCCCGCUAAAAGAUGCUGCUAAGGCCGACGUCUCCGGGUCCUUCUACCUGCAGCGGCCGGCGCCCGCGCCUCCAUGCGCUAGAGAACUGAGCAAGAUGGCCACCGACAACAUUGAUACUAGCACAGAGGAGAAGGAGAAUUGCAAUGAUAAAGGAGCCCUUAACGGCCCGUCGGGGCAGACGGCGGUGGCGGCCGCCCUCCAACGCGAGGCAGACGAGCACCUGUUCCUCAGAUACUUGGAGCUGGACCCUCCGGAGGAUGCUGCUGCGCCAAGGAGGGCUCAGAGGAACGGCAGGACUCCCUUCACCACCUCUAGGAAACUGACCCGCGGCACGAACGGCGGCUUCGGCUUCACUGUGGUGUGGACGCGUCCGCCGCGUGUCGAACGCGUUGCUGCCGGCGGCUCGGCCGAACGCGCUGGCCUCCGAGCGGGGGAUUACAUAGUGUUCGUCGGAAACAAGAACGUUGUCACGUCCAGUGAGGACGAAGUCCGGGGAUUGGUCAAAUCGGCCGGCCAAACUCUCCAGCUCGAAACCUUCCGAAGAGUCCCGCAGAACGGAGUAGGGGCGCGACCUCGCCUAGCACAAGUGACGAUCCCGUUCCCGGAGUCCACGCCCCCGCCCGCCCCGCGCUCCCCCCGCGUCGCCCCCGCGUCGCCCGCGCCCGUCGCCCGACCACCGACCGCCUGCUCGUCCACCAGUCAGAGUCUCGACCGACGCAAACUGCAGCUGCCCCAAGUGACGUUCUCGAAAGAGGCUCUCUACCCCCAGGCCCCCACAGCAGACAGCAGGAAGCGCGCCCUCCUAGCCGUGGUGGCCCGUGAACAGCAUUAUGCCACAUGUCUUCAAUUCGGCUUGGUUCGCUUCGUGUCACCUUUGGCUGAGAGAGCCGACCUCAUAGCCCCGAACGACCAUCAGCUGUUAUUUCAGAACUUAGAAGAGAUUCUAAGGCUAUCCGAGGAUAUACUAGACCAAGUAGUGCAGGAUGAUGGCGAGAUCCAAACGUCGACGGUGGUGGCGGUCUACCUGCAGAAGGCGCCUGUGUUCCUCAGCCUGUACAAGAAGUACUGCCUCGGGUUGAAGAGGGCGGACUGUGUACUUGUAAAAAAGUCAAAAGACCCCAGCGGCGCCUUCUCGCGCUUCUGCACCAGCCCUCCGAUCCCCCGGCGGAGGCCCGACAUCACCUCCCUGGUCCACAAGCCGCUGGAGCAGUUCCGGGAGCUGCUGAGGCUGAUGAGGGCGGCUGCGGCGUCGGCGGGCGCGGGGCCGUAUGAUCAGCUCGAGAAAAAACAGUUGCAAGUUAUUGUGGACCAGUUGCAGAGCGCAUACCAAGACGUGACAGCGGGCUCGGGACUCAUGGGAUUGGCUGGCGACGGCAAACCGCUUCUCUCCGUUGCCGACCUUGAGAGUAGACUCGUCUUCACUAGGUGUAAGCCCUUCAUCCUAAGCACAACCGGCCGGCAAUGGAUCUUCGGAGGCGAGCUGUCCAGGGUGGAGGGGCGCGCCGUCCGUCCAUACUGGGCUCUGCUGUUCAGCGACCUUCUACUCUUCGCCACUGUCUCCAGGGAUCGGGUGCUUUUCGUCACGGAAGAGCCGGUGCUGCUGGCUACUGUGUCUGAUGCUCAGUUCAAUCUUAGGAAAAAAGCAACAGAAUUCAGGCUGAUCCUAGGAAGAACAGGGGGAGAAAGCCCUCUCGUCUCCUGCGCACCCCGCACUCCUGGUCGAACCAGGACAGUGGUGCUGCGGGCUCCUUCGAUAGACCUCAAGGCGGUGUGGCAGAGUCUUCUUCAGCGUCAGAUAUACCGAGCAAACACGAUGUCCGGCACUCCCCUGGGCUCACCGCUGGACUCGCCAGACCCACAGCUCACAUUCUCCCUGGCCACGCUGGACUCGCAGCAGCGCCAGACUCGCCGCAGCUCAGCCGAGACGCAGACCGGCGCUGCGAGCGCCACAGAAGGCGCCCGAAGCUCCCGCAGUCGGGGCUCCACGCUGCAUCUCCAGAAGUGGAUGACACAACUACCAGAGGCUGAAGAGUUGGACCCACCUGAGCCUGACAUGGAGAUGUGGAGCGUAGAAGAACUGAGGAAACGGUCGAAAGAGCUGAACCUUUUAGAGGUGGCUGAGGUGAUCACCAUGAACGGAGACAAGAGUUCACCGAGCGAGAAGAAGGAGACGGACCACAGCCCCUCCAAGAGCAGUAACUCUGGGAGUCAAAUCACAGUCCGCACAAGUCCAGUGGUCGUAGACACGAUCCCGGUUUGCCGUCAGUGCCACAAGAAGUGCCUCUCGAAGCCCAACAGCCCCCUCAUAUCGCAGAAGGAGCCUCCGAAGCCCAAGGAGGCACCCUCGCCGCAGAACUCGUCGAGUAAAAGUCCUACGUGCAGUGCCAACUGCGGUAACAGGAAGCCGAAAACCUUCUCCAUGCAUUUAGAGCGUAAAGGUGCUAUCAAGAUACGUCCAGAAGAUGCUCCUAAAGCAGCCAUGAGAGUCAUAGACUCCAUAGAGCAAAGUCAAAGAAUGCUCAAAUCUACGUCCUAUGACCUAAAAACUGAAUCCCCCUUACUUAGCAGAAGUAUUCACUCAACAAAUAAGAGCCAACUAGAGUUAAGGAAAGAUACUUCUAUUAGAUCCCCUAGUCCCUCCUCUGGCUCUAGAAAUAAUAGUCCUUUAUCCACUAGCCAUACUACUUGUAGCUCGAUGGUGUUCAAUUCUAGCUCUAAUGAUUUAAGAAUGUCUAACUCUAACAUUUCUAACCAAGUCCAAUGCGUUAUAGCCCAAGAGAGAUACCUGAACGAAGUGAAAUGCGUUGAAAGUGUAACAUUGUCAAAGACAAACAACAACGCAAACUAUCCAUCCCCGGCAAGCAUAAGAAAAGAACAAAUAACAAGACAAAAGGCUGAAAAUGUGCUUAAUAAAGUUUUAGGUAUGAACAUUAUAACUAAGAGAGAAAACGUUGGAACGUGUCUUAAAACGUCAUCGGUGUUUUUAGAUGACGAUUCAGUGCAUGAAGAUGAUGAUUUUAAAAUUGAAAGGGGAUUAAGACGGUCUCCUAGGAUGGGUAUAUCGGCGGUUACGAAAAUGAACGGUGAUAUAAAUAAAAAGACUGAAGACGCUAAUGAUGCAUCAGACGAUGAUUUGGAGCUGGGUCCUCUGAUGUUGAUGGGGCUGUCGGCGAUAAAUCCAGCGGCGCAUCUCAUGCGAGUUGAGCCCUUUAAGAAGGCGUCUGCGACUAGCUUAAACGUUAGCUCGAGGCCGGAAAGCCUGGGCUCCUUAAAAUGUGAAUCCCCGGUCAACAUCUCGGUGGUGCCGCCGACUCCCGACUACAAUUCUGUUGAUAAGACUGAUACAAUAGAUGAAUCUCCCGAAUCGCCGGACGCGCCGGAAGACCUGCCGUACGUGUCACUCAAGAGGUACGGCACGAUGUCGAGUCUGGAGCGUCUGCCGUCCGACGAGACGGAUGACGGAAACGUGAGGACGGAGCCGGAGCCGACGAAGGCGUAUAAUACGGUGUCAGGAGCGGCAGGCGGCAUAAUGGGCUGGACGGCCAGAGCAGGCUCCUUCGUGGUCGAGAAGAUGAACAUAUUCAGCUACACGGAGAGCGUUCCCAGCACAGCGCUUGCGCACAAGCAGCCAUCUUUCCUAGAAAGAUGCUUGGGCGUCAGCGAGUGGAAGUCAGCGGUGGAGGACGGCACGGCGGAGACGGGCGACGGCAGCGGGGCGAGCGGGGAGGAGGCGUGGGGGACGCCCUCGUCUGGCGACCUGUCCGAUAACAUGCCGGACUCCGAGCACGGCACGCUCUCUUCACCCACGAAGUCUUCAUCGUCGUACGCCGGAGACGACGAUACGGAGCUGAUGAUGGAUGAGCUCCUCAUGGCGCCCACCAUCACUGGACCUACGACGCUGAGGCCGCUGCUACCCAGGGAUAUUUUUAGGAGAAGACUGGAACCCCUGAUGGAGGAGGAAUGCUCGGACAGUGGCAGCGAGGACAACAAGCAGACGCCCACCAAUUCAGAAGACCAGGGCAGCGCGCAUGGGCUCGGUGCUGACGGCUGCUCCGACGCGCGCCGGCCGCCCUCUGCUUUAGAGUCAGAAGCAGAGGGCGGGUGUGGCGCGCGGGCUGGCGGGGGCCGAGGUGCCGGCGCGUCCGAUCUGAGUCCAGAUCGGACGCCCACCAACGAGGCGCCCUUACCGCUCUUACAAUCUGCUUCAAGAGAGUAUGCGGAGCGUGCCGCUGCUGGACGCCGGGGCUCAGCCAGCUCAGCAAGCACGCCCUCCACACUCGAGCGCACCGCCAUACACAAUAUACCGCACCAAUCUCCAGUAUCGGAGCGUGCGCCGGACCCUCAACCGGAGGAGCGACUCAGCCCCCGCGCAGAGAUGCGGCUCGCUUUGGACCAGGGGACGGAUGUACUGGCGCAGCAGGAGGCGAGAAAACAGGCUGGCGGGUCAGACCCCUGGUCGUUUCGCGCGGCCUGUCAGCGGUCGCUGCUCCGUCGGGUGGCGAGCGCGGACGCGGUGACGCUCUGCCGCGCUCAAACCCGCCGCACCGCGCCGCAUACUACUUCGCGCAAUUCUGUAUAUGCCUGGAAAGUUCCAGAAAGCGAGAAACUUUCGGAGAUGGAGCAACUGGCGCGAGUGGAAGCUCAGACGAUGCGUUCGCGGACGCGCUCUCUAUGCCAGAACGGGAAGAUAUUGGGUUUCCUCCGCCGCCGAGCCUCCUCCGAUAGCCCCCGUCGGGAGCCCUUGCUGCUCGGUACUCGCCCCUUCUCCCCCCGACGAUCUACAGAGAAGCAAUUCGAGAAAAGGUUUUGGAAACAAGUCACUAGAAGACGACAGUCCCUAGGCUCCGUUAGCCAAAUAUGA